AGAGUAGGAUUUGGAAGAACCCUCCAUUCAUCGUUGGUUCAAACUUUGAACUUGAAGGCAGUGGAAGUGGAGAUACAGCUUGGAAUUUGAAGCUUCGGGAUAUGCCCAUGAUUUCAAACUGAACCAAAUCCAAGUGGCCGCAGCUUAGACUUCAAUGGAGUGUGUGGUUCAGGGCAUAAUUGAAACCCAGCACGUUGAAGCCCUUGAGAUACUUCUUCAAGGUAUUUGCGGCGUUCCUAGAGAAAGAUUGAGGCUCCAUGAAAUAUGCCUAAAAAGUGGACCUAGCCUAGGUGCUGUAGCAUCUGAGGUUCGGAUCUUAUGCGACCUUGAGCAAGCUGAACCGACAUGGACGGUUAAACAUAUUGGAGGGGCAAUUAGAGGUGCAGGUGCUGAACAACUCUCUGUUCUGGUUAGGACAAUGGUAGAAAGCAAAGUUAGCAAGAAUGUGCUUCGUUUAUUCUAUGCACUUGGCUAUAAGUUAGAUCAUGAGCUGCUGAGAGUUGGUUUUGCCUUCCGCUUCCAUCGGGGUGCCCACAUAACAGUGACAGUUUCAUCAGUUAAUAAGAUGUUAAAGCUACAUUCGACUGAUGAGGCUGUACCUGUAACGCCUGGUAUACAGCUGGUGGAAGUGACAGCCCCAGCAACUUCUGAUAACUAUUCUGAAGUAGCCGGGGCAGUGUCGACUUUCUGUGAAUAUCUUGCACCGCUGCUGCAUUUGUCGAAACCAGGAAUAUCCACAGGUGUUGUUCCUACUGCUGCGGCAGCUGCAGCCUCUCUUCUAUCUGAUGGGGCAGGAACAACAAUGUAGAUGGUUCGUUACAAUGGUUGAACACUGACUGUUUUCUUUGCAUUUGAAGUUCUUGAUCCAUCCCUUUCUGAGCUUGAAGGUUCUCUUGGUAUAGAUAUGGUGGCAGUAAGUUCUGCUGAAGUUUAGGAGUUAACCAAAACUUAAUCUAGAAAUGAUUUUCUAUAGUUCCCAUUGAGUUUAAAGUAGCAGCUAGGCUGUAGCAUAUCUCUUUGAUAUCUUCAAAGAAUGAAGCUUAUAUUUACGUAAAUAUCUUCAACUACCAGAUCUACUCCACCUGUUCAGAAUUCUUUUUAUCUAAAUGAUUGAAGAAUUAUAUCGCAUUUUGGAUUUAGGAAUUUUCCAGUGUACAUAAUCUUAUUCAUGAGUUGUAAAGGAAAAUUUUGAA